CCGCCGCGUGUGCCAUCAGUGAGUCCUCGCGGCCCGCGCCCCCGGGGGAUGGGGCUCGGAUCUCCCAGCAUGGGGCCAACCCACGGCAUCAGGCUCGGGCUCCUGGUAGGGCCCCUCUCCCACCUCGAGACCCGGGACGGGGUCCCAGAGUACCCAGCAAGUCCCCAGUGCCGUUAGCGGCUCUCAGGGGGCCGCAGCGCCUCGGGCAGGGAUGGGAGCCGGGGAGGGCAGGCUGCGCGCACCGCGCCCUGGCGUCCUCCCCCGGGCUCCAGCAAACCUUUCUUUGUCCGCUGCAGUGCCGCCCUACACCGUGGUCUACUUCCCAGUUCGAGGCCGCUGCGCGGCCCUGCGCAUGCUGCUGGCAGACCAGGGCCAGAGCUGGAAGGAGGAGGUGGUGACAAUGGAGACCUGGCAAGAGGGCUCUCUCAAAGCCUCCUGCCUGUAUGGGCAGCUCCCCAAGUUCCAGGACGGAGACCUCACCCUGUACCAGUCCAAUACCUUCCUGCGUCACCUGGGCCGCACUCUUGGGCUCUAUGGGAAGGACCAGCGGGAGGCAGCCCUGGUGGACAUGGUGAAUGACGGCGUGGAGGACCUCCGCUGCAAAUACGCCUCCCUCAUCUACACCAACUACGAGGCGGGCAAGGAUGACUAUGUGAAGGCACUGCCCGGGCAACUGAAGCCUUUUGAGACCCUGCUGUCCCAGAACCAGGGAGGCAAGACCUUCAUUGUGGGAGACCAGAUCUCCUUCGCUGACUACAACCUGCUGGACUUGCUGCUGAUCCAUGAGGUCCUGGCCCCCGGCUGCCUGGAUGCGUUCCCCCUGCUCUCCGCAUAUGUGGCGCGCCUCAGUGCCCGGCCCAAGCUCAAGGCUUUCCUGGCCUCCCCUGAGCAUGUGAACCUCCCCAUCAAUGGCAACGGGAAACAGUGAGGGCUGGGGGGACUCUGAGCGGGAGGCAGGGGCUGCUUGCCUCCCUUUCUCCAGGACCAAUACAAUUUCUAAGAAAGCU